GUACCAGUCAUCUUUCAAAUUAAAUAACAUAUUUCGUGGACUUUAAUUUUAAAACUCGUUAAUUGUUCCCAAAAAAAUGUGCUACAUUUCCUUGAGACUGUUCUUUUUGUGAAUGAAUCUACCUACUCCAGUGAAUAAUUUAAAAUAAUUUUUUAUUCUACCUGUGCUGACCCGAUAUGUAGUUAUUGUGUUAAUGAAAUCCAUAGCAAUUAUUAUUGACGAAUAUUUAUGACGAAACAAAAUAAUUACCUUAAAGACUACCAAAACGGAAACAGAUUAGCACGAAAGUGAAAAGAAAGAGAGAAAAAAGUUUAUAAUCAUAUGCACCAGGUUGUUAUUUGAGCUUACAGGUAGCCAACAAGUUUCCAUUCAGAAAAAAAUUACAAGAAAUUUGCUUAGUUCAUUUUAAGAAUUGAUGUGGUUAAGAUAAGAAUCUAAAAAAAUGGGUGCGAUAAUGUUUAAAUAUGUGCAGUUGUUGUGCGUUGCAUUUUUUGUGAAUAACUCUAAUUGUGCACGAAAGGCUGAUAUUGUGGAAGUUGAGCAUCUAAAAAUAUCAUCAAGAAUUGCGAUGUGUAAGCAAUUUAAUCCUAAUGUGACACUCGAGCAUUGUUACAACAACAUAACGUCAGAGAACUACACCGAAGAUAUAAUUUUGGAAUAUGAGCCACAACUUAAUGAAACAGAUUUUCAUCUUUUUUGCCGUGAUGCUCAUAAAAUGAUCAUUGAAAUAGAUCAUCACGUGGAAUACACAGAUGACAAUGAGACAUUCGUUUAUAUGCUAAUUCUUGAAGAAUCAACUGGAAAAUUUCUUGAUCGAAUGAUUUAUUUUUCUGAAGAGAAAUUGACAAAAGUCACUGUUGAUGACCUGAGCACUAAAGAGUCUACAAGUCUUUCGUAUAAUAUUACUGUCUACGUUGUUUCGUCAAAUGCCGUCGUUCAAGUACUUGGAACUAAAAUGUUUACGACAUUAAUGGAAGAUUUUAGACCAGAAAAUAUUACUGAAAUUGAGUUUAAAGACCAUAGUGAUAUUUUCAUAUAUGAUCUAGAAGAGUCUUUCAAUCUUACUAUCGGAUGGGAACCAGCUAGAGAUCACACAUGUGACUAUGAAGUUAUUAUUUACGGUGAUCACAUGGAACCGAAGAAAAUUUUACUAGAUAGCCAGUUUGAAUAUACAUUUGCAAAUUUACAAGCACAUCAAAAGUUUAAUGUUGGAGUUAGAGGUGUGAAUGUCUACAAAAGUAUUCGUAGCAUUGAGCAAUGGCGUGAAUUUUCACUCAAGAUAUACAUCGAUUUUCAAGUUAAAAUUAAGCACUUAGAAGACGAUCUGUAUGAUGUACAUGUUAAAUGGGACGAGAAUGAGCCACGUCCGAAGAGCUUUGAAAUUGAAGUAUGGGAUCAAGAUGCUGAAAUAAAUGAGAACAUUACAACUGGAUUUUAUAGUGUAAAAUAUACAGGGAUUUCCAACUCAUUUGAUUUUGAAAAGCUUGAAUUAUUCGGACCAAACAUCAAAGUCAUUAUUGCUGGAUUUGAUGAAGAUGAAAACGAAAUUUUCAUUGAUAGUCUCGCAGAAACUUUAAGAAAAAAAAAUCCUAGCAAGAUAAUGCAUAACUUAUUUUAUGCAUCCAUAGGCUUCAUGAUUAUCCUUAUAAUUGUACUGUACAAAAUCUGGAAAGGCAGAAUCGACUCAUUUAUAUCCAUGUUGGCUCAAAAAAGAAUUGAAGACAUGGACAUCGAAGCUGUCAAAUCAAUGUCAUCAGGAACAGUUUUAGAGCUAAUUUCUGAAUUGACAAAAGAUGAAUUUAUGGAAGUUGAGAAAGAUAACAUUGCAGUUUUGGAGCAACUUGGUGAAGGUGCAUUUGGAUUGGUUAAGAAAGGAUUAGUUAUAAGAAAUGGAGAGAAGGAGCACGUGGCUGUUAAGAUGAUUAAAAACACCUCAAAUCUUGAAGACAUCAAACAUUUCCACCAAGAAAUAAAAGUGAUGAAGUCAGUUGGACAUCAUGAGAAUAUUGUCAGCAUCGUUGGACAUUGCACAUCGGAUAUUAAAUAUUUGAUGCUAUUGACAGAAUAUUGCGAUGCUGGAAAUUUAUUAGACCUGUUGAGGUUCGAGUUCGCAAAGCAAUUAAAGUUUUAUGAUACAAAAGGGAAGUUUUCAUCAUUUGAAAUAACAGUGGAAAAGUAUCCAGACAGUUUGCUGAAUUUUGACAUGUCUGAAAGAGACAAAAAAGAAAUUUCUUACAAAAACAUUGGAUGCUCGGAAGUCCAAAAGAAUCUUUUUGUUGUUAAUCAAUUGUACGACGAUCUGAACAAUAAUGGAAGUAAUAAUGGACAAGUUUUGCAAGCAAUUGAAAUGACAGCAACAAAUGCUUUGUAUCUUAAAUUAAACAGUGAUUCUAUGGAACCAGCAACAGUCAUUGAACUUAGUACAAAAGUUGAGGAUGAAUUAAAUCCUGUUUAUGACUUUUUAGUAUCCAGCGAUCUUCUUUCAUUUGCUAAGCAGAUUUGUGAUGGAAUGGAUUUUCUGUCAAGAAAGAAAGUGGUUCAUCGUGAUCUUGCUGCGAGAAAUAUUCUUGUCUGUACCAAUAAAACUGUAAAGAUCUCAGAUUUUGGACUAAGCAGAGACAUCUAUCAAGACAAUUUCUACAGAAAGACUGGAAAUGGAAAGUUGCCAAUCAAAUGGCUUGCAUUAGAAUCAAUGACUCAUCAAGUUUAUACUUCUCAAAGUGAUGUUUGGUCAUUUGGAAUUCUCCUCUACGAAAUCGCAACCUUAGGUGCUGUGCCAUAUUCAUCAAUAAGUGUUGAAAAUAUCCUUAAAAUAUUAAAAACAGGAUACAGAAUGGAGCGACCAAAUCAUUGCCACAUUUUACUUUACGAACUGAUGAUGUUCUGCUGGCAUGCAAAUCCAAUGGAACGUCCUACAUUUGAGGAACUCUCAGGGAAAUUACAGAACUAUUUAACUAUGGAAAAUAUUUGGGGUGAACGAAUUAUUGAUUUGCAGAAGAUGUUUACUCAAUGUGUUAGCGAAAUGAACUACAUGAAGCCAUUAGUGUAAUUAGAUUCAUUAAAUUUUGAGUUACGACUUUAGAAAGGCUAUAAAGACAGUUAAAAUAUUAUUGCAAUUACAUUAAGACAGUUUUAAAGAUAUUUUAUUCUUGUUUGAUAGUUUAUUUGACAUUUUCUCAAUUUUGUGUUGUAGAUGUAAGGUAAAAAAUGCAAAAUAGGCUAAUCGCUAUGAUUUUAUGAUAAUUAAUAUUGUAAAUUUUUAAAUGAAUUUUAAUUUUUUUUUGUAAUAAAGUAAUAAGCUUUUGUACAAAGGACAAUAACUUCUGUAAUUUUAAUAAUUUUCUUUGUAAAUAGGUCAGAGGUGGAAGAGAAAUGUUUAGAAAUUAGAAAUACGUAAUAACUAGUCAAUAAUACCUGGUAAUAAUUAAUUAUUUUCAUUUAUAUAUUAAUAUCAUAAAAGGUUGACACGUGGAAAUAUAAAAACAAUGCAAUAUUAAGAACAAAGCAAGAUGUUGAGAAUAUAGUGAAAGUAAUUCAUUUUUCAAUUUAUAUAUGCAACUAUAAUUCGUUUGUUUCCCCUUGUAUAGUUGUUAACCUCUUCAUAUGAAUAUUUUGUCUCUUUCUGAUCAUGGAACAAUAAAGAUCUUUGUAAAUUUUAUAAAGAGUACUUAAGGUCUCUUUGAUUAAGUAUAUUAAUAAAUAAACAUUGUGUUCAUCAUAUCCAACAUAGCAACAUGUCUGUUAUGACUUCCUAAAAUAGGAAUUAGCGCAAACAUCAUUCCAACAUAUCAAAGAAAAAUUUGACAAGUUAGGUUGUGGAUACUAAAAAUUCGAUUGUUUAAUAUACAUCAUAAAUAAUAUUCUGUCAACUUAACUGUUAUAGCGUCAACGAAGUUACAUCCUCAAAUUUAAAAUUGCAACCUUAAUUAAUACAACGUUUUGAUUUCAGUUCCACCAAUUAUUUAUUUGAUUCAUUUGAAUUUCAUGUUCAACAAAUUCUUUCUUGAUUAAUUGGAAGUUACUUCAUGACAAAAGAGUUAAUAUGAAAUGUUGGUUUAGGUCCAUUGAAGGCACAGGAUGAAGUGGAGUUGGCUUCCAUCUUUGUUGUUAUGUUCAAUAUUCUCCUCGAUCUAAAUUGAAUAUUUCAGAAGCUCUUGUAUUUAUGGGAAAUUUUUGUUAUCAUAUCUUGUAGUUUACAGCAUAAUGAUUGAUAACU